AUGGAAGAAGACAACAGUGAAACCGAUUUGUUCGAAGCCCCUCCAAAGAAAAUGAAAACAGAAUGGUCAAGAAGUUAUUCAAGCAAAGCUAUGGAAAUGAUGAAGAAGAUGGGAUAUGAAACCGACAAAGGUCUUGGAAAGCAAAGUCAAGGUCGUCUUGAACCAAUUGUAGCAUUUCAACAGGAUGGUAGAAAAGGGUUGGGAUUAAAGCAAGGUACCUUUCUUGCCCUAGGAGAUAACUCAGAUAUUACUACGGAGGAAAUACUUAUUCCGGAAGAGGUAUCUUGGAUUUCAAGUCAAAAUAAUUUUUAUUUUACGUUCGAAGACCUCAUGAACUUUAUAAAAUACGGCGCACAUAAAAGAACAUUAGAAGGAGAGACACAAUUUGUGGAACCGGAUAUACUCGAUGGUAUAUUAAAUGCCAAAAAUGUAUUUGAUAAUCUAAAUGAAGUAGAUUUAAGAAGAGCGCGCUCCCGUAGUAAUCCGUUUGAAACCAUACGUAGUUCGAUAUUCCAAAACAGAGCAGCAGUUAAAAUGGCAAACAUCGAUUCGAUGUUGGACUUUAUGUUUACCAAUCCUAAAGAUAAGAAAGGUAACUCGUUAAUAAAUGAUAAUGAUCUGCUCUACUUUGCCGAUGUAUGCGCAGGUCCCGGAGGAUUUUCUGAAUACAUUCUAUACCGAAAAUCAUGGGAAGCUAAGGGGUUUGGUUUUACCUUGAAAGGCCCUAAUGAUUUUAAAUUGGACAAAUUUUUUGCUGGGUCUCCCGAGUCUUUCGAUCCAUAUUAUGGUGUAAAUAAUGAUGGCGACGUGUACGUAGAAGCAAACCAGGAUUCGUUUAAUAACUAUAUUCGCAAACACACAGUCGAAGGUGUCCAUUUCGUAAUGGCAGAUGGAGGAUUUUCUGUCGAAGGAGAAGAGAAUAUUCAAGAAAUCUUAUCUAAACAGUUAUACCUUUGCCAAUGUCUAACAGCGUUAAAAAUACUUCGCAACAAUGGAAGCUUCGUAUGUAAAUUGUUUGACAUAUUUACCCCAUUUAGUGUGGGCCUAAUUUUUUUGAUGUACAAAUGCUUUGACCAAAUUUCUAUAAUUAAACCAAAUAGCAGUAGGCCAGCAAAUUCGGAAAGAUAUUUAGUAUGUAAGUGGAAAAAACCCGACACUGAUCAUAUAUGCCAGUAUCUAAAUAACAUCAAUAACAUACUAAAUCAGAACAAUAAUGAAGAUGUACUAGAAAUCGUUGAUAUGGAUCUUAUUAGAGAAGACUUGGCUUUCGUGGAUUAUAUUAAAAAAUCGAAUGAUUCCAUAGGAAAAAAUCAAAUUCUGGGAUUGAAAAAAAUUACGGCAUUUUGUAACAAUACACAGCUUAAAGAAAUAAGACAAUCCGAAUGUAGAAGAAAAUGUCUUGAUUUGUGGAAAUUACCGGAUAAAUUAAGACAAGCUCCAGAGAACAAAUCUGUUGAAAAGUUUGUUGAAGACUUUCUUAGUGAUUGGUUUGAGGACAAAUUGUUUUUUCACUCAGCAUCAGAUGAACUUUUGUCAGUGGAUGACCUAUCAAAAAAGAUAGAUAGUGUCUAUGACUGGUAUUUUGUACCAGUAGGAAGAAGAGAAACUAACACAAACGCCAGCAGUUUUUUUAUUUGUACAACCCGGGGCAAGCUGUUCCGAUACACUGAUAUGAGGAAAUGGGAACCAGUUGAACAUAUGUUUGAGAUAUCACCCAAGUCACUUUUUUAUGGCGAGCUAGUUUUUGAAUACAACGGAGAAGGCCGUACACAAACACGGAUUUGUUGUCUUCACAUUAUCGACGGUAUUAUUCUGGGUGGAAAAGAUAUACGAAGACUGCCUUUAAGCGAACGUAUAAAAAUGUGUGCAAAAUUUGCAAAAAGCGUUAAUAAACCAUUCAAAGAAGGCAAUGUGCUUUUAGUGCGCAGCAAAAGACUUUAUAAACUGCGAGAAUUAGAAACAUUUUUUUCUGAAAUGAAACAUUAUACACUAAAGGACAAUUCAUCUCGUCUAGGAAUUUCUCUAAACAACGGCGAAAGCAAAUUCUUUGUUCCUGGUGGUUUAUUGUUUUUGUGUGAGAUAUGUCAUAACUUUACAUCAAAAAUUUCCAAAUCACGAAAUAUGCUUUACUACAUUGAUAAAACAAAACAUAACUCUUACUAUAAAGAUCAGAUGCCAAUCGAAGUACAAAACAUUUUGUAUGCUUCAUUUCGCAACACAUUCGCAAGAAGAUUAAUUUGGAAAUGGACCAAUACAUGCCAGGUGGAAGAAAAUAGCAUAAAAGUGGAUAAAACGGUACUAUAUCGUGAUGACCUUAAGCACUUCAUUUCUAAUAGAUAA